CGAGCGUCAACCCCACGACAGAACUUCGAUGCAAGCCGCUCCACGCGGGCCGGUGGCAGCGCCCGUCUUCUUCUUUGCGCGCACCUCGGACGGCGCGCCGCCGUUUUCUUCAUUUGGCGGCAAAUCGCAAUCUCAAUCUCAAUCUCAAACGCCAGCAGUGCCUUCCAACGUGGAGAGCGUGCCGCGGGUCGUCGAGCUCCACGACUUGCGGGGCCACGAGGCAGCGUGCACCCUCGACGAGCACGGUUUUCAAGCCAUUUUGGACGCGCCGCCGCUUUUGCCCGCCCUUCUCGAUGCUCAUGGACAGCUAGAGACGCGUGGGAAAGAGAGCAUCGUCAAGGACCAUGUCGAGGCCCUUCUCGCGGCCAAGUGGCGACCGUCCGAGGAGAUCGUGUACAUGGAUGUCUUUACCGUCAUCUUUCGCAGCGCUGACGCCAGUGAAGCGAAACAAGGCGCGAAACGACGACCGUCGCCGCUGGUGCACGUCGACCAGACGCCGGCGACGGGUGCCAUGUACACGGCCCAAUUGCCGCCAGAGCUACGCGACUUGGUUCAAAACGGCACGCUACGGCUGCGCAUCUUGAGUGUAUGGCAGCCGCUCGUGCCAGUCGUUCUGGACUGGCCUUUGGCGCUCGCCGAGUCGGCGUCGUGCCCCGAGUCGCGGCUCCUCUCGUGCGCGACACUGUUUCCAAGCGGGUACGUCGGCGCCAUGGCGCUCGUGCAAGACGACGAGCUCUCGGACGCGCUGCGCUGGUGGUACUGGAGCGGUAUGCAGCCGCACGAAGCGCUUUGGAUCCAAAAUUUUGACUCGGCAACGCCGACGCGCAGUCCGCACACGUCGUUUCGUGAUCCGCGCGUCAAAGAGAGUGCAUCGGCGCAUCGCAAGAGCGUCGAGGCGCGUGUUGUGAUCGUCACCAACGCCCUUGCCGUCUAAGACCACAUCCCACGUCUUUGCUGAAGGUUGUAUUUGCCAGAUCGCACUAGUAUAGUGUCAUUAUACUAGUACAUCCCGCGAGGAUGACAAUGAACGAACGACGUCAAGAAGAUGACAUUUUCACACCUCUAGCAUCGCCAUGACAAGGAUGGGACGGCGGUGUUUUGUGCCAUGUCAAUUUCUUUUGAAA